GUAUAUUCAGAUACACUACGCACUGCAGAGCUGUUGCGUUUCAAAUAAAAUCGCUUUAUUUAAGAAAUGACAGAAGUCGGACUGGGUGUGCUACUCCUCCUUUUCCCCCUGCUCUCAGUACAGGUGCUUUACAUCAUCGACCAUGCUGAUAGCAAAAAGACAAAGAUUAAAGAAAAGCCAAAUUUUGUAAUUAUCCUGGCAGAUGAUAUUGGCUGGGGAGACCUCUGGACAAAUCAGUCUGAUGACACUACACCCUGGUUAAAUAAGCUAAGACAAGAAGGCAAAAGGUUCACAGACUUCCACUCCCCAGCCUCAACAUGCUCCCCCUCACGUGCUGCACUGCUGACCGGUAGACAUGGAUUACGUAAUGGAGUCACUCAUAAUUUUGCGAAGGGUUCUGUUGGGGGACUGCCAUUCAACGAGACCACAUUUGCUCAGCUGUUACAGGAUGCUGGAUAUUAUACUGCCAUGAUUGGAAAAUGGCAUCUUGGACACAAUGGUCCCUACCAUCCAAUCCACAGAGGUUUUGAUUAUUACCUUGGUAUCCCAUACAGUAAUGACAUGGGCUGCACUGACAAGCCCGGCUUUGACCUGCCGAGCUGCCCACCAUGUGACCGAACUAAACAUAAAAGCAGGAAACAUGGAGGAUGUGAUACACAAACGGGAUUACCUCUUUUCGAAAACCAGAGUAUAAUUGAACAACCCCUGGACCUAUGGGACCUUACAGAACUGUAUGCUAAGGCAGCAGCCACUCAAAUGCUUAUUGCUAGAAAUAGGGGACAGCCUUUCCUGCUUUAUGUGGCUCUGGCCCACAUGCAUGUACCACUGUUCCAUCAGCGCUGCCUUAAUGUAACAGCGGAGGAUGUGUAUGCAGCCAGCCUCAGUGAUAUGGACAGUCUGGUGGGGAGUAUUAAACUGUCAGCUGAAGCAGCUGGUAUGGAGAACACACUCAUAUGGUUCACUGGUGAUAAUGGCCCAUGGGAGCAAAAAUGCCAGUUUGCAGGAAGUGCUGGACCUUUUGUAGGGAGGUGGCAGACAAGCAGAGGUGGAGGCUCAGCCAAGAGGACAACCUGGGAAGGGGGGCAUCGAGUUCCAACAGUGGCAGUCUGGCCAGGCAAGAUAUCACCUAACACUACCAGCAAAGCCAUGCUAAGUGGUUUGGACAUUUUUCCCACAGUACUCUCUUUAGCCGAUGUGGAGCCACCAUCAGAUCGGAAAUACGACGGCAUUGAUAUAUCACAUAUUCUGCUGCAGGAUUCUGAUACAGGACAUAAGACCCUCAUGCAUCCGAACAGCGGAGCAGCAGGACAGUUUGGGGACCUCCAGACUGUCAGAGUGGGACAUUACAAGGCAUUUUACAUAACAGGUGGUGCAGAAGCAUGUGGUGGAGGAAGUGGACAGCAGGAGCUUCAUGAUCCACCUUUGAUUUUUGACCUGGCUAAGGAUGAAGCAGAGGAGUUACCCCUGGACCCGGCCAGUGAGGAGUAUCAACUAAUAUUUAAGAUAGUGGAGCGAGAACGAGAGGCUCUGUUAUGGGAUAUUGCAAAAGACAACACAUCUACUGCAGAUUAUACCACAUCACAGACUGCGGUCCCCUGCUGCCAGCCACAGAACCCUAACUGUCGAUGUCAUACCUGAAUCUAAGCACAGGGACUCUUUACAAAGCUGCUAACAACAUUUUACAUCAUCAUCAUGGGUCAAAAGUUUGAAUGCUCACUUGUUACCCUUUAAUAGAUAAUAUUUAAUUGAUAAUAAUAAACACCACAAUCAUUUACAGUUAAAGAGUUACAAAUGCAGUUGUGUUUCUAUAAAACCAUGAUGCAUUU